AUGUUCAAUUUUAAUAAACAAUGUUUAGAAAAAGAUGCUGCUUCUUCUACAUAUAGUAAAAAAUUGAAACGAAACUAUAAUCAUGACGAUGAUACUGCAACAACCUUAACAGGUUCUGAAACCACUGCUGGGACCACAAUCAUCAUUAAUUCACGUCCUAGUCAUUCAACCACUCCAGAUUCUUCGACAAGUCCAUCCACUCAUACAUCACGACGUUUGAACGUGCCAAUUAUCGAAGUUGAAAAUCCAAUAGACAAACAAAGAUGUAUAAUGUCCAAUUAUCAUCCCAAUAAAUGGGAAGAAAUUUUAGUUAAGCAGAACAAAAAUAUUCAGGAAAUCUUAGUGAAGCAGGGGAAACAAAUUCGAGUUCUAUACGAGCUACAAAAAUCCACAAAUGAAAAAUUGACAUGGGUUCAAAAUCAACUAAAAUCACAACCUAAUAAAAAAGAUGAUAUCGAUUUAGACCAGAAGGUCUUCAUGGAAGGUUAUAGCCAAUUGUGCAGAAGUUUUUUUCCAGAUAAUUUGUGGCCAAAUUUCAAUGAUUAUAAAGUUGGAUUGGAAAAUUGGCUUAAUAAAAAUCAUCCAAAUUACCUUAAGGAACUUGGAGAGCAAAAGUGGACAAACUUAUUUACCGGGCAGCACCAUUCUAUGCUUUUGCACAAAAUGAAAGAUUUGAGGGGUACCUAUGCUGCCACGGUCCGAAAUUCGAUUUUCAAAGAACUCAGAUUGCAGAUACCUAACAACAGGAAAAAGUGUAAUUUCAUUAACAUCUCAGAAUGGAAAAAAUCAAAAAGAGUUAAGGAAUGCUAUCCGGACAUAGAAUGUGCAAAAAAACCCUUGGAGAGACGCCUCCAAAAAUUCAAGGAAUUACUCACAAAUAACGGAUCUAUUAAACUUAGUGAUUCUGCGUCGGUAAUGCAAGAAGAAGCUCCUGAAACUAUGAAGAAGAAAAAAGAUGAAGAAGAAAAAGGCGACGUUAAUGCAGAAGAUGAAGAAGAGAGAGAUCAAGAACAAUAUUUUGAUGCAUUGUUCGAGGAAAAUUAA